UCGACUUCCAAAGACAACGGGAAAAGAUUUCAUUUGGCUGAGACAUCUGAGAAAGGGUCCGGCAUUGGCAUUGAGGAUCGCCUGGAUCGCCUAGAAUGCAUAGUCAAGUCUCUGAAUAGCUCCGUUGAUGAAGCCUUGCGCAACUUAUCCGCGGUACCCCAACGAAGGGGCUCGAAUCAAACGCUCAAUACAUCCAACCUUACAGGUCCGAGUGAAGAAGUUCAGUCUAACCCACAGCUUUACAUCGGUCCAUCCCAUUCUUUUUCCUUUCUCCAAGAGGCACCCGCAGGCAUCGAGUGUUUGUCUCGGCAAGAACUCAGAAAUACUCGGGAAGGUGCCAUUUCGGAAAUUAAAAACAUGUCAUCAAGUAUAACUACCGCACGAAUCGAGAACCCGGUGGGACUGUCAACAAAUUUCCAUGUGCCAUCAAGAUCUGCAGGGUAUGCCCUGCUCAGCAAAUUCUUGGAGCAGGCAGAGCUGGGAGAGCCAUUCUUUUCCUUUCCAUCCGACGAAAUAUUGAGACAGGUCAUUUUCGAGCCCCACAAGGUCCGGGAAAAGGCUUGGAUUGUCACCUUCAACUACAUUCUACUUGCCGCCAUAUCCACCACCGAAAAAGAUGAGAACGAGGAUAAACUCAGGCAAAAUGCUCAGCUUGCCCUUAAUGAUAGUCGAAUAUUUCUCGAGCCAUCCUUAGCUAAUGUGCAAGCCUUAUCUUUGCUCGCUAUUCAUGGCGAGGACUUUGCUGCACCUAACAUAUCUUGGAUGCUCUUGAGUCACGCAUGUCGCCAGGCUGAAGCUUUAGGUUUGCACACUAGGGCGAACAAGGAUACAGUCGGCGAUUACCAGCACAAGCUGUGUAUCUUCUGGAUGCUCUUCACACUUGACAAAUCUUGUGCCCUUGCAUUUGGUCGACCAACCUUUUUGCCAUUGAACCUAUACCGUCAGGUCCCCUUGCCUGAUGAGGACUACAUGCAAAAGUUCUCUCCUCAUGAUAAUAAAGCAAUAUGUAGUGAGCGGCCGAGCUCUCAGCGCUCUGAUUUCGGUGCCCUGAUGUUGAAAAAUACUAUUGAGCUGGCUAAGCUGACCAGCGAUGUCUUGGAAGUUCUGGGCAUGGGCAACUCGAACAAUGCCAAGAAUGGAAUACGAUCACAGCUGGAAGUCUGGUUCUCAACCACAAAUACGGCAUUGACACAAGCCAUGGAAAGCGAGCGCAUGCCGGCAGAUGCAAACUUAAUCCGUGAAAUGAACCUAGGAAUCAACAAUAACAAGUUUCAAUAUUUGCACAUCCUCAUUCUUUUACUGAAGGGUGAUCGAUCCUCUGAUAUCCGUCUCUCUUUUGCUCGCGAAGCAAUCUCCCUUCUUCCAUCCUUGGUAUCAAACUGGGGCUCGGUAUACAAUGGUGUUAUAUGGCAGCUUCUUUAUUACCCGUUUGCCCCAUUCUUUGUGAUAUUCGAAAACAUCAUCCACCAGUCUAGCCAAUACCCGGCACUUGAGCAGGAUCUACGCUUAUUGGCUACGACGGUAACUUAUUUUACGGAAAUGAGAUCCCAAAUGCGACUUUUAGCUGGUGUCUGUUCAAAGCUUCAGCAUACUGCAACUGUUUUCCUUCAGCUUGCUCAAUCUCACGCCCGACACGGCACCUCAUUGAAGCCCGCAACUAAUGCAACCAGUCCAUCGAAGCAUUGGAAUAGUUCUGGGCUUGGUGAAGAUGGUAUACAGUCAUGGGGCGAUCUGAUUGAUGCUGAUCUGAGUGAUAAUGACUUCAUCAAUUACUUGAAUUUGUUGCCCGUUGACAUGGAUGCUACAUCGCGGAUACUUGAAACUGAGCUUCAAUUCCCAGGACCUAAUUACUCAAACAGCGAAAAGGAGAAAAAUCCAACAUACCUCCAAAGGCCGACGUUGGAUCGCGUAUUUGAUUGGUUUUCAUGGGAUGAUUAUUACGGCAGUACCAGCAUUUAA